GGGGAGGGCAUGAAAGGAAUACAAUGACUUAUUGGCUCGAGACGUGUAGCUCUAUUGAUGAAAAAGCAUGCGGAAAAUGGGUGCAGUCAUCGACACAAAAGCCCCCUGGCUGCUCGGCAUCACCCCCAUCUUCCUUUAGCACGAGCCCCCACCCGCAGCCCCCCUCACUCUCACCGAGAUGCAUUGUGGGGGAAGUCGUUGCCAUUCGACCUCUGCAGGGCCUGCGCGGACGCAGACAGAACCCUGAAAUUCAUUAUGCCUUCUAAACCCCUAUUUAUUUCCGCAUAACCUACAUACUCUUACCAGGAGGCCGAAGCGGGGGGGGAAAUCAGGUCAUUUCAUGCGGAAUACGUUUUUGAAAAGAGCGGAGGACGCUUAGCCGGUUAGGAUCUUUUUCGUUGAGGAAGUAUAUAGAUUGUCAUUUAUUUUAAGAAAAUGUCCGGAGAGCGAAACCGCAGGUCGCUGGCUUUCCGAGGUGGUGGAUUAGCCGUCACGGGUGCUAGUGCAGUCGGAGGUGGCAGCAACGGGAACAGCAGGGAGGCCCCGGCCUGUCAAGAGCGACAUUUGAACGGGGACAAGCCGGAUCAAGAGGACGAUAGGGAUUUGGGGGCGAAAGGACCAUCGUUGGGGAUAGUCGAGGGUGGGGGGUCCGUGAGCGACAGCACGGAGCCGGAGGAGGACGAGGACCCGGAAGAGGGCAAUUUAUUUAACGAUAAAGACGCUUUAAAGAACGUCAUGGUUAAAACCGAGCGCUCCGAUGGUGCUUGUAGGUGGGCGACGGGCAACGGCGUGAAGCGGGAGGAUGGUAGCACGGGAGUGGACGAGGAAGCGGGUGCCAGGAAGCCCUUGGUGGAGAUGAGACCGCAGACGCAGUUGCUGAAACACUCGCUCUUCCAAGCCUCCUGGUUGCAGGAGUUUCCCUGGCUAAAAUUUUGCCAGGAGACGGGGCUGAUGUCUUGCUCUUGGUGCCAUAACAUCGCCACGAGCAACAGCGACGAUUUUGUGAAAGGCAGUCGGAAUUACAAGCGGGCCUUGCUGCUGAGACAUCACCUGUCCUCGGAGCACGGCAGGAAUGACCCGACCAAACAGGAGAUGGAAAGGCCAGAGGAUGUGGAGAGCCUGGAGGUGGAGGACUACAGGAGCAAGCCCAAUGAGAACUCCUACUGCUAUCAGCUUCUGCAAGAGCUGGACAAGCAGCGCAAGAGCGGAAUACUCUGUGACGUCAACAUCGUGGUGAGUGGCCAGGUGUUCAGGGCGCACAAGAACAUCCUGGUUGCCGGGAGCGGCUACUUCAAGACCCUCUACUGCCUGACGAAGAGUGAGAGCUGUGACCAAACUACAAUCACGCACCUGGACGUGGCGGCUGUGCAGGGCUUCUCUGUCAUCCUGGACUUCCUUUACUCUGGCAACCUCUUGCUUACCAGCCAGAAUGCUAUUGAGGUAAUGUCCGUUGCGAGUUACCUCCAGAUGACCGAGGUGGUCCAGUCCUGUCGCACCUUCAUCAAAGAUGCCCUUAACAUCAGCAUCAAGCAGGAGGCCCCUGACUCUGUGGUGGUAGACUACAACAAACGGCGGACAGUGGCAAAAGACUGCCAGGGUGCGGACAAGAAGCCCAGCAACUUUUGGGCCACCAGCAUCCUGUCUAAGCUGUCCUUCAAGGCCAGUGGGCAAGUCAAGGAUGAACCGAGCGAUAUAGAGGUGUCUGGAGGAGAAGGCUGCGCGUUAGGGAGCUCUGGCUGGGGAGGGGAGAACUCCUCAGAGUCCACAGAGACAGAGCCACAGGGCCCGGGGACGGUGUUCGUCUGGAACGAGCCGAAUCAUGGUGCUGGGGCCAAUGUCAAAAUGGAGGUGCGUCCAGAACCAGGUAGCGGAAGGCGUAAAAAGCAGGCUGUAAGGCGCUUUGUGUACAACAUCCCGCCAGAGCCGGAGGAGGGGUUUGACGAGGGCAUGUUCAUCCAACCAUCUGCUUCAUACACGAGAGAGGACUACUCAUACUUCUCAGAAAAUGCUGGUGAAGCAUCUGAAAAUGCUCUAAAUAAGCUCAAGUGUCCCCACUGUAACUACAUUGCCAAGCACCGACGAACACUAAAGAGACACCUUAUCAUCCACUCAGGCGUGCGUUCCUUCAGCUGCGACAUCUGCGGGAAGCUGUUCACUCGCAGAGAGCACGUCAAGAGACAUUCCCUGGUGCACAAAAAGGAUAAGAAAUACAAGUGUAUGGUGUGUAAGAAGAUCUUCAUGCUGGCAGCCAGCGUGGGCAUACGGCACGGCUCUCGGCGCUACGGCGUGUGCAUGGAUUGCGCCGACUCCCACCAGGGCACGCAAGAGGGUCUGGAGGGCAUGCAGGACCUGGAGUUUGCCCGCGAUGAAGACUUCGAGGAACCCGGAGAUGGAGACGAGGACAUGGAGGCAGAAGGGGAGGAGCACAAUGAGAUUGACCAAUCCAACUGCGAGGGUGACACAGGUGGCACCCCCAAGGAGGACUAAUUUAAACAUAACCUGGUAGAAAAACAAAUCAAAAUGCAAAGAAAAAAAUAGCUGGGAAACAAUCAACUAUUCCAAAGUGCUAUCAAACCUCUUUGUUGCACGUGAAGUUAUGUCAAAGAGAUAAAUAGCUUUGUUAGAGAGAGGGAAACCAAUAUUUAAAGAUUGUUUUAUGUGUCAGAGUCUGGGCCUUGUGCCUGUCAGAGAAAGGUAUAAUGAUAUAUAACAAAAAAUCAGGUUUUUCUGUGGGGGGUUUUUUCUCUCUCUUUUGUAGGGGUUGAGGGUGUACAGCGUUUUUGAGUUACAAUAGGCCAAUCAUAUUAAACAAAAUAUUAAUUAUUUAAUUUAUGAAGAAAGAUAUUAUGGUCUUAUGAAAUGAUAGAAAUAGAUUUGUUUUGUAUGUCUGCUUAUUUUGUUUCAGUUUAUAACUGCGCUUCCUGAAAGAUUUCAACAUGUAUUGCUCAAGAGGAGUAUCUAGACAAAGGAGCAUUAUAGAAAUUUCAGCCAACAGGAAGAUUUUUUUUGUGUGUUUCCUUUCUAGCUAAAUAUUGUCAUGAAAUUUUAUUAAAUAAAUAUAUAUUUUCCUUUCCCUGCACAAAUCUUGGAACCAAAAAUCUGUUUUGUGACUCUAAUUCACCACAGCCAUAUUUAUGAUUAAGUUAUACGGGGCUGUUAGACCGUGCCAAGCAGAACGCACACCAAGAUUUUGCAGGACACAAACUACUGAAAAUGCUGAGAGAACAUAAAGCAGAGAAAUAAAAAUAAAAAAUUGCAUAAAAGAGAAAAUUAUAAAAUGUAAGGGGAAUAUAUUAUUGCUAGCUUUAUUUGAAUCACAGCAUCACAGUAACACUUUAUAAAGCAUUUUGACAUUCACUUAAAGCUUGAAUUUUGCCAAAUGAUGGAAACGUUUGGUGCUGUAACGCUUUUAUUUUUUAAUUAUUUUUAAAUCCUGGACCUACAAGCUGAAUAUGAUGUUAAUAAUUGUAAAGCCUACUCAACUCAGUUAUGCUAAUCAGCUUUGUACUUUACACUGUUGUGCUAAGGAGCCUAUCAGGUAUGCUUUUUCCGUUUUUAACGUCUUUUGCUAUUAAAUGCACAUACAAACACAUACAUACCAUUUUUGAUGUUAAAACUACUGGCAGUACUUGUAUAGGUGGAACGACCUGAUGUCCUUGACCCUCCUGAGUUGGUUAGUGGUACUGAGUGUACUUGUAAUCACUUGAACGACCUGUGUAAUGUUUUUGAAGAAUGCAGAUCGAGAUUGAACGAGGUUGUUUGCAGUAGAUUCCCCCCAUAACAUUUGUGACGGUUUUUAUUUAGUUGAGAGAUUAUUUUGACUUUUUGUGUGUCUGCUGAGUGGAAAACACUUUGCUCGUGCUAAUGUAGAGCGGAAGGUCUAUGGUAACGCAUAGACGGGCACUUACUACUCUGCAUUCAAUAAUUUCUUAUUUCCCCAAAGCUGGUCUGGAUGGAAAUCGAUUUAAACUGUUGUGUUUUUAUUCCAUGCGGAACCUCUUUUUAUUUUUUGAGAUUUCAUUAUUUAAUGCUAUAAAUAUACUGACUCCAAAAUGCAAUCAAGACUGUUAAUUUCUAUUUGUCCUACCAAAAUCAUUGUUUAAUUGUUAAAAAAUAAUGUAUAAGAAAACCAGGUAAAAUAUUUAGUGUAGAUCCUUGCUUGUGUAUGUUGUCAGAAUUAAAUGUUUUUAUUCUAAAAUCAAUCAUUCACUUUACCCAUAGAUGCAUAUAUUGUUUUAAUUGUCCUUCCUUUUAAGCUUUUAUUUUGUUUUUGUUCAUUCGUUGUGUUUAUUUUAUUUUAAGCACAUAUUUUAUAAGAAAUAUUGUUUGUUGGUUAAUCCCUAGGAACAGGAGUUGCUGUUAUUAUGCGGUGGAUAUAUUGAAGUGCUAUACUGAUACAGAAAUUGUCUAUCUUUCCCUUUACUUGAGAUGAAAGUGUAUUUUAAAAGCUGUAUAGAAGAUCCUGUUUGUUACCUUCAGAUCACUGUGGGAGGGAUAUUAUAUACUCUACGUGUAUAUAUAUAUAUAUAUAUGUACAGUACUGUGCAAAUGUCUUAGGCACAUAAGAUGUUUCUUCAGCUUUAGUGUGUCAAUAGGAAAUAUAAAUGUUAGUCUCCCAAAUAUUACUUUUGCAAGUAGAAAAGAUUAGAAUAGAAGAACAGGGAGCCCUGCAACAGAUGUCAUGACACCCCACAGAUCCCCCACUGAACAUCAUAUCAGUCUGAGAUUACAUAAAGAGACAGAAGCAUUUGAGACAGCCUAAAUAGAAAGAAGAACUGUGAAUUCUCCAAGUUUGGAACAUCCUAUCUGCCAACAGCCAAGAAAAACUGUAUCUGGGUGUUCCUUGGAGAAUUGGUGCUGUUACAAAGACAAAGGUGGCCACAACAAAUAUUGAUUUAGCUUUUUUAUAUUUACUGGAUUUGUAUGAUUUUAAUUGAUAAUUUAAAACUAUUUAUGUCAUUAUUUUUAAGAUAUCCUCAAUAUGCAACAUUUUUCACAAGUGCCUAAAACUUUUGCACAGUACUGUAUAUAUAGACAUUUAAAUAGUUGUUUUAAAUGAUAGCACACCGCUGCAAUUAACUGGUUUCAAACCUUGUCCUGGCUUUCAUUUUCACUGACGUUUUCUCAUUCUGUUCACAUGUGCUCAUUCACCAUCAUGUUGUUUAUAAUUUUUCUUGUUUUGUCUGUGUAUCUGUUCAAUUCACAACAAUGUACUCUUUAGACUUAAUGCUGUAUAUGGACAUAACACACACACACACACACACACACACACAUACACACAAAUUAAAACACUACAGAUGAAGUUUUUUUCCAGCUGUAUUUUGUAAAAGCUGUUUCAAAGAUGUAUUUUUCAACUCUCUUACAGUGAUGCAAACAGGGCCAUGGGCUCACCUCGAACACAAAUCAAAUCAGGUUAUUCUUUUAAUGUUGUUUUUUUUUUCUUCAAGGUUUUAAAUGAAAUAAAUUUUCCUUCUCUUUCAAUUGUACUACUGUUCCUCUAUUAUAACUUUUAAAAUAAAACUUUGAUAUUUCUCUCUAUUGUACUGUCUUGUUACACCAGCGAGUUGUGGG